AUGUGGUUCACAAGUUUCAAAGUCCCAGAGGGAGCAAAGAAGAUACUAAAUGAAAGUAUGGUCGAUGAAAUUACAUCUUAUUUACCUAUAGUUUUAGCUCUCAGAAGAUGGCAACUUUCAUUCUGUUCAAAGCUACAUGGAGUAUCUUUUAGUUCUUUUUAUAGAAGAGUUUCAAAUAGAGGCCCAAGUAUUUUAGUUGUACGUGAUACUAAUGGUGUUGUGUUUGGUGCAUUUAUAUCUGAAUCAAUUAGAAAUUCAACCAACUAUUAUGGAACUGGUGAGAUGUUUGUUUUUACUUAUAAGCAACUAUCUUUGAUAGACACAAAAAUUCCAACAGAAAAAUGCAAAUUUAACUAUUCAGAAACAAAACAAAGCAAUUAUGAGCUUGGAAUGCUGAAGAAAGACCACUUUACCGAAUUUGCAGUUAGCGGAUAUAAGCCCAUACAAGAAGGAAAUUUUAAAAAAAAUAAAGAAGAUGGCACAAGGGAAUUACCAGCAUCUGUUCCACGUAUAAGCGUCUUUCCAUGGAGUGGUAAAAACUGUUUUUACAUCUAUACGGAUAACUCUAGGAUUGCAAUAGGAGGGGGUGGCUCAUAUUCUUUAACAAUUGAUGGAGAGUUUUUUAGGGGUUGGUCAUCGCCAUGUUCAACAUAUGAUUCUCCGUCACUAUCAAGCAAUGAGGACUUUUUAGUUAAUGCAUUCCAGGUUUGGACAUUAGUAGAUGACUAUCAAUAA